ACAGGAUGGAUUGUGCCCGAAUGUAUGUCCCCCAUUAUCUUGACACUGUGCUUACAUUUUGUGACAUUUUUCUUUAUUAGCCUAGGCUAUUGGUUCAGUAGGUAGCAACUUAGCAAGGGGAAGAAAUUCCUCGUUAAGCCCAGGGUGUGACUUGCUUAAGUCCUUUCUCGGUGCCCCCAUGCCCUCCAGAUCCCCUAAAGCCUACCUCUGUGCUAUUGUUAGUGAGUUACUUGGCUGGAAGAAACUUUAAGGUGUCUGAUUCACCCGCCCAUCCCGGAGACGUGAUUACGACGUCUGGAGGUGAACGGCUGGGAUCUCUUCUAUGAUGGAGGGAAGCCGGCAGACGCGAGUGUCACGGCCGUACAAGAUCAGCGAAUCUUCAAAGGUGUACCACUGGGCCGACCACUCGACCACGGUGCUGCAGCGGCUGAACGAGCAGCGGCUCCGCGGCCUCUUCUGCGACAUCGUCCUGGUGGCGGACGAGCAGCGCGUGCCGGCCCACCGCAACCUGCUGGCCGUGUGCAGCGACUACUUCAACUCCAUGUUCACCAUCGGCAUGCGCGAGGCCUUCCAGAAGGAGGUGGAGCUCGUGGGCGCCUCCUACAUCGGGCUCAAGGCCGUGGUGGACUUCCUGUACGGCGGGGAGCUGGCGCUGGACGGCGGCAACAUCGACUACAUCCUGGAGACGGCGCACCUGCUGCAGAUCUGGACGGCGGUGGACUUCUGCUGCGAGUACCUGGAGCAGGAGGUGAGCGAGGACAACUACCUGUACCUGCAGGAGCUGGCCUCCAUCUACAGCCUCAAGCGGCUCGACGCCUUCAUCGACGGCUUCAUCCUGAGCCACUUCGGCACGCUGUCCUUCACGCCCGACUUCCUGCAGAACGUCUCCAUGCAGAAGCUGUGCGUCUACCUGAGCAGCAGCCAGGUGCAGCGGGAGUGCGAGCACGACCUGCUGCAGGCCGCCCUGCAGUGGCUGACGCAGCAGCCGGAGCGCGAGGCCCACGCCUACCAGGUGCUGGAGAACAUCCACUUCCCGCUCAUCCCCAAGAACGACCUGCUGCACCGCGUCAAGCCGGCCGUGUGCUCGCUGCUGCCCCGCGAGGCCAACUGCGAGGGCUUCAUCGAGGAGGCGGUGCGCUACCACAACAGCCUGGCGGCCCAGCCGGUCAUGCAGACCAAGCGCACGGCGCUCCGCACCAACGAGGAGCGCCUCCUGUUCGUGGGCGGCGAGGUCUCCGAGCGGUGUCUGGAGCUCAGCGAUGACACCUGCUACCUGGACGCCAAGAGCGAGCAGUGGGUCAAGGAGACGCCCCUGCCGGCCCGGCGGAGCCACCACUGCGUCGCCGUGCUGGGGGGGUUCAUCUUCAUUGCCGGCGGCAGCUUCUCCCGGGACAACGGAGGGGAUGCGGCGUCCAAUCUUCUUUAUAGGUAUGACCCCCGCUGUAAACAGUGGAUCAAGGUGGCCUCCAUGAACCAGCGUCGUGUGGACUUCUACCUGGCCUCCAUCGAAGACAUGCUGGUGGCCGUCGGUGGCCGGAACGAGAACGGAGCUCUUUCUUCAGUGGAGACUUACAGCCCCAAGACCGACUCCUGGUCCUACGUGGCCGGCUUGCCGAGGUUCACCUACGGCCACGCGGGCGCCAUCUACAAGGACUUCGUGUACAUCUCGGGGGGGCACGACUACCAGAUCGGCCCCUACCGCAAGAACCUGCUGUGCUACGACCACCGGACGGACGUGUGGGAGGAGCGGCGGCCCAUGACCACGGCGCGCGGCUGGCACAGCAUGUGCAGCCUGGGCGACAGCAUCUACUCCAUCGGCGGCAGCGACGACAGCAUCGAGUCCAUGGAGCGCUUCGACGUGCUGGGCGUGGAGGCCUACAGCCCGCAGUGCAACCAGUGGACCCGCGUGGCGCCCCUGCUGCACGCCAACAGCGAGUCGGGCGUGGCCGUGUGGCAGGGCCGCAUCUACGUCCUGGGCGGCUACAGCUGGGAGAGCACGGCCUUCUCCAAGACCGUGCAGGUGUACGACCGCGACAAGGACGCGUGGAGCAGGGGCACCGACCUGCCCAAGGCCAUCGCCGGCGUGUCCGCCUGCGUGUGCGCCCUGAAGCCGCGGCUGGAGGACAAGAAGAAGAAAGGCAAGAGGCACCAGGACCGGGGCCAGCGACCCCGCCCCCCGCCUCCCCCGCUGGGCCUCGAGGGGCCCCGGGCCCCGCCGCCCCCCGCCGGAGGGCGUAGACCAGCCACCACCCCGUAGCGUCCGGACCCAUCGUGUACCUCCUAGCAGCCUUUUUUACUUUGAUGAUGCUUGCUGUUUCUAUGAUAUCACAGUAACCGAUUAAAUAUUCUCUAUCAUUUUACGUA